AUGCAACAAUCUCCCGAGAUGGACCCUUGGGGAGGUCAAGAUUAUACGCCUGGUGCUUCCUAUCACAAUGGAGUUCCCAGUGAUGCGAAAACGCCCGGCGGCACCGUGAACAUGGGAUUUCUUAAGGGUUUUGGCGGGAUGCAGAAAAGAAUCACAAGAGACGGGCAACCUGCCAAGAGGAGAGGUCCUAAACCAGACAGUAAACCCGCGCAAACCCGACGACAGGAGCUGAACCGUCAAGCUCAGAGAACGCAUCGAGAACGAAAAGAGAAUUACAUUAAAGCCCUAGAAAUGGAGCUUGCACGCCUACGCGAGGUCUUCAUCUUCGAGCAGAAUACACGUGACGCAACCAUUCAGCAGCAAAAGAUGCUGAUUGAGAAUCAGCAACGGGAGAACUUGGCGUUGAGAGAGGUUCUAACAUCUCGGGGAAUCGCAUUCGAAAACGAACUCGAGAAUCGGAAAGCCAUGCUUGCGCUGAAGCCGAAGCGAGAGGAGAACUCGAUGACUCCUUCGUCGAUUAGUACCUUAAGUCCUCCAUCCAUAGGGCCCAGGUCGGUCGGGUACGGAGCGGUUGCUGCUUCCGCCAAAAGUGGCUAUUCCCCUCAAGCAUAUCUGAAUGGUGGCCCUAUGAGCGUGUCAGGACACUCACCUGGGACCACUCACUACGCAAGUUCGCCUCAAGGACCGGAAAUACAAGAGUUCGGAAUUAAGAAGGAAGAAGGAAUCAUGCCAGAUAUGCCCGGCAUUUUCGAGAGAGACCCCCAGUUGGGCAUUGAUUUCAUCUUGAAGCUGGAGCAGACUUGUCGUGAUCACGAGGAGUAUCUUGUACGGCGGUCGGCGGAUUCUCCCAACACUGAGGAAGACGCGCUAUUUUCUGGGCAUGCCUUGAUGGCGAGCUGCCCACCCCCAAGCCACAUCGCGCGAGUUCCCGCGGAGGGCGGCGGUUUGGUGCCAACAUACGAGCACAAAGUGCCUGACGCCGAGUCAGUCCAGAUUUUGAACAACUUGCUCAAUCUGAGCCAAACACUCAAAGGCAGCGCUAUCCCGACUGGUCAAGUGACUCCCAUAAUGGCCUUACAAUCGCUCAAGGGUCAUCGAAACUACGCCACUCUGACGAGGGAGGACGUCUUGGGCAUGAUUGAGUCCAUUAGAAGCAAAGUCCGAUGCUAUGGCUUCGGUGCAGUAAUGGAAGAUUUCGAACUCCGCGAUGCUCUCUCGAGUAUCUUUGCAACCAAGCCAGAGACAUAUGACCAACUGGGGACGGAUUACACGGCUGAAAUCGACGAGAUGUACUCAUGA